GUGAUAACGGGGCGAGGUGAUCGGUGAGAAGCAGUCGACAUGAUGGAGGUGGCGUCGUCGUUGUUGUUGCUGCUCUUAGUCGCCUUUGUGGCCAGCAAAGAUGUCAGCAAAGUCAGUGAGAACUUGGUCCGCCCAUACGGCAAGAACUACUUUACCAGUAGGCGAGUCAUCGGUAGUAACUUUCUGCCAAAUGUCGAUGAUGACCGGAUGGCUCCCUCCACUGAGGAGCCGCGUAUUCCGUAUGUUAUUACGGAAGAUCGUCUGAAGAAGAUAAGAUCAAAUUUCAUGUAUUGGUUUUUUGACCAAGAUUCUAAUGAUGGUUAUGGAGAUCUGCAGAAGGACAUAACACCAUCGAUUACCCAAGUUAAUAAGAAUUUAAAUUUCCAAUUGCCGUUUUUCGGAUUCCGCUUCAAUUAUACAAGAGUUUCACUAAACGGCUAUUUAGAAUUCAGUGACCCUCCGGAACAAUACAGCUACCCCCUCAAUUUCCCAAGUGUGGACUGGCCACGUAAAAACGACCCUGCGUUCAUUGGAAUAUUCUACAGUAAGUGCAGGAUCGGACAAUUGGGUAUCAAUGAUGUAGACCAGAGAGAACCAGGAGUGUAUUUUAGGAUGGAAAGGGACUUGAUGACAAGAAAAGAUAAAUUCGGAGUUGAAAUGAGAGAGAGGGUGAAAUGGGACAUACGAGAAAGUGUUGUCGGCUCCGAUUCUUUUGAACCCAAACAUGCUGUGAUUGUUACCUGGAAAAAUGUUUCGUUUGCUGGUGGCAUUGAAAACUCAGUACAAACAACAAACACGUUUCAAUUGGUUCUAGCAACAGACGAAGUAUUCACUUAUGCUAUAUUCAAUUAUGCUCAAAUUAAGUGGACCACACAUACUGAAGCACGAGGGGACACAGUUAAAGGAGAAGGAGGUGUGCCAGCAUACAUAGGAUUUAAUGCUGGCAAUGGCACAAGAAGUUACGAAUAUAGACCUUAUUCACAGACAUCGACAAUCAGAGAUUUGGUUGGCCGUGGUUGGGCUAACGGUUUCCCAGGAAGGCACAUUUUUAGAAUUGAUGAAAAUAUUCUUCCAGGAACUUGUAACAAGGAUAUUGCUGCAGCAAGUUUGCCUCUCGCAUUCGCUCCUGAAAGUGGUAACAUGCUCGGUGGUACCAUAGUGAAUAUAACAGGACCUUGUUUUGAACCAACUAUGAAGAUUGUAUGCAGAUUUGACAUGAAAGCUGUAUAUGGUACAGUUGUGGACAGGAAUAGAGCAAUUUGUGUUCAACCUUUCGUCAUGGCAGAAGGUUACAUAUUGUUUGACAUCGCCAUCGAUGACGGAAAAUACGUUUGGAAGGGACAGUAUUUCAUCGAAACACCUGCAACAGCUGCUGAAAAAAUAUCCUUCGCUGACGACAGCGUUCACCAAAAAUAUCCUCCAGAAGUCAGAAUAACAUGGAAUCAGUAUAAUUUAACAUCAAAUUUAGCUGCUCCAGUUCAAAUUUCAAUAUGGGGAUACAGGGAAAAAUCAAUCCGCCCACAGCUACUUUAUAUAGAUUCUUUAGACGUGGGUGUUCCAAACAAUGGCAUGUACUCGAUUAUUCCAGCAACUUAUAAAAAUCGUGAUAACCAUUUAUUCACUGAUAUGAGUUUCGGUUUCAUACAAAUCAACCUGACGACUGCAACGGAAUACAAUGGACUUAAAGUAACCCCAGUUAUAUGGAGCAAGCCAAUACCCUUAGGCUGGUAUUUCGCCGCGCAAUGGGAAAGGCAACUGGGUUCUAAUUGGCCAGAAGGGAAAUGUAACAGUUGGAUCAUGAACGAUCGAUAUCUGAAGAACUUUCCUGCUGAACUGAGUAUUUGUCCCUGUAAAUUAGAACAUGCUCUUGCCGAUAAAGGAAGAUUUAUGCCGGAUUUCGACUGUGACAUGGACGCUAACCCUCAUUGUUUUUACCAUGAAGGCGCUAGGCACUGCGUAAAAACAGGUGCUCCCAGGCAGGAAGGUUCCGAACAGCAAUGUUGUUAUGACAAAAACAACUAUUUGAUGCUUUCCUACGAUCAGCAGUGGGGUUCCUCGCCGAAGAGGUCCAGUAAUUUAGGAAUCUUGCCAUGGAAUGAACCUAACAAGGUUCCUACUCUGUCACAAUGGUACCAUGAUAUCUCACCCUUUUACCAUUGUUGCUUGUGGCAGUUUGAACAAUCAGUCGGUUGUGAAACAUUCAGGUUUGAAAGAAGACCUUCACAGGACUGCGUUGGUUACCAAUCACCUUACAUUGCAACUGUUUUUGGAGACCCACAUUUCAUUACUUUUGAUGGUUUGGAAUACACCUUCAACGGCAAAGGAGAAUUCGUACUGCUGCACACCGAUUCUGAGAAGUUUAAGCUAGAUGUUCAAGCAAGGUUCGAACAAGUUGGAAAAAAUAUUUAUGGUGAUGUGGCAGCAACACAGUUGACAUCUAUAGCAGCAAGAGACAAUACUUCAAGCAUCAUUGAAGUAAGGCUUAGACCAAAGGAGGCACAAUGGAGGUACAGACUAGAUGUUUUUGCAAACAAGAAAAGGAUAUAUUUUGACAGGCCAUCUCUUCGAGUACAACACUUUAGAGGUGUCACUGUUUAUCAGCCUUCACAUAUACUCAAUCAGUCUGAAAUUGUUAUCAUGUUUCAAUCGGGUGUUGGUGUAGAAGUUGUUGAAAAUGUAGGAUAUAUGGCAGCAAGGGUUUAUUUGCCCUGGGAAUAUAUUAACAGAACAAGAGGCCUGUUUGGAAAUUGGAGUUUCGAUCCUUCGAAUGACUUCACUCUACCAGAUGGAACUGUGGCCAGUGCCGAUUCCCUGAAUGAUUUGGAAAGAAUACACAAACAAUUCGCUAUUCAUUGGAGAUUAGAAGACAACGUUGAACCAAAUAAAGGUGAACCUCUUUUUGUCAGAGAAUAUGGAAGAACAUCAAGUUAUUAUUUGAAUAGAACUUUUGUUCCUGUAUGGAAAUCAACUCCUCAAGAAAUUAUACCUCCUAACAGAACUGCUCAAAUACAACAAGCUCUAGCACUUUGUGGUGAAUCUUAUCAAUGCAGAUAUGAUUAUGCUGUCACCUUAAAUAGAGAAAUGGCUUUCUAUACUUUAAAUUAUUACAGUGAAUAUACACAACUAAGACAAACAAAUAAAGACAGAGUUUUGUCUUGUGGGGUGUUGGAAACACCAAGAUUUGGGCGAAAAUCCAACUUUUUCUUCGUUCCUGAUUCUAAGGUUAUAUUUGAAUGUGAUCAAGGAUUUAUUCUUGUGGGUGAUCAAAGGCGAACAUGUUCCUCAAAUGGAAGGUGGUCUUUUGAAUAUGGAUACACUGAAUGUCUACUGGAAGAAGAGUAUUCUUUGCGGGCAUUUGGUUGGACUUGGGGUAUAAUAGCUCUAGUCCUUAUACCCAUUAUUAUUGUACUUGUAUGUGCUGGUUUUCGAAUUGUAAGGCGGAUAAUAGAGCAGAAAAAGAAUGAACUACAUACAGAUCAAAGAACUCAGUAUCAUCCAGAUUACACUGCUGGUCCUUUAAGGUACAAUGCAAGGGAAGUUAGUCUUUCGAUCAAUCCCGAAAAUGAACCAUUGAAAAAAGAAACAGAAGUGAAUUAAUUUUUAUUAAAAUGCUGAUAGUUUGAUUGAUAUGACAAUUAAGUUAUUUGAAACAAAAUUUACCUUAAUUUAUUUAAUUAAAAAAAAAUAUCAUUGAUUCUAUUGAAUAUCAUGUGAAUAAUCGUAAUAUUGAGAUUAAUGUCAUUAAACAUAUACUUAUAUAUGUUUAUUAGGUUUCUGAACCAAAUACAUUAUCUGUUAAGAUUAUCUAUAAAAUCAAUAAUCUUUCAAUGAUUACAGUGAUCCAAUAAAAGAAAGUAUUAUAACUCAGGAUCACUUGGACCCACUGAAAAAUGUUUUUUAAAUUACAUCUAUGUGUAUGAAGAUAUAGAUAUAAUUCAAAAUCUCUAUAGCAAGUAACAGUACUGCAAAAUAGGACUUGCUUUGACAAGUCUUACGGCCUAAUGAAAAAAAACAAAAAAAAAAAACAACCCAAAAACAGCAGUACUAGUAGAUCCUGAGACCCCUCUCAAUUGUUUUCAGUAUGGGUCCAAGUAACCCCAAGUUAUAGUAUGUAAGUUAUUCAAAUAUCAAUUCAAGACCUAAUAAAUGCAAAAUCUAUGACAUUAGGUUUUACUUGCCAUCUAAGUUUUUAAAAACUAUUGACCAAGAACUCUAAAAUUUUGUUGAAUUUAAAGUAGUAAAUUACAUUCAAAAUCCUUAUGUUUAUAAAAAUAUUUUAUAAUAGUGGAAAUAAUAUUAGCAGUUUCAUUAGAUGUAAAAGACAUAUUUUUUACUUUUUUACUUGAUAUUCUUCUUUGUUCUAGUAAGUUAAGGAAAUUAGAAUAAUAAUUAGUGGACUAGGAAGUAUUAAUUAAUAAACUUGUGUAAUUUUGAUUGUUUAUGUUUUAAAUGUUAAAAUAAAAAUUGAAAAAAAAAUGAGAAUAUUUACAUUUUUAUUGUUUGAUUUUAUUUAUAAUUUUGAAAGAAAAUUAAGUCUAUACAUAUGUAUAUCAUCAGUCUCAAUAUGGAACCACUUAACUGGAAAUCCUAAUUUUACAGCAUAGCAAAAAAAAAAAAUUAAUUUAAUUUUCAUCAUUUCAUGAUAUGUUUUCAUUUAAUCAGGGUAUAUUAGAAAGUAAUGAACUAUUGAGCUGAAAAGAUUAAUAAUUAAUAAGUUGUUCCUAAUAUUUGGGCAAAAAUCAAAUUCUAUGGUAAAAUAACUCAAAAUCAAAACAUUUUGUACCUGAGUGCUUUCCAAUUGAAACUAACAAUAUAUUAAAUUUAAUUUAAUAACAAAUGAUGUUUUAUUUAUUUGUUCUAUGUAUUUAUAUAUUUUUUUUUUGAAGAUAAAUAUAAUAUAAUUUUAUACUAUUUCAUUUUUGUAUU